GACCCAACUCGAUCCGUAGACCACGGACUGCUGAAUAAAAAUACUGCUCUCAAUUUGAGAAGCGUGUCUCUCUUAAACACUUCGCGACCAGCAACUCUGCGCGAAACUCAGUUGCAGCACUAUUCGCACCAUCCUGGAUCCAGCUCAUUCAACAACAUUUCAACGCAAAGAGCUAUAUACGUAGAGACGAACAAGGACACACGAUGCACAUCAUCAAGCCUGAGUGGGUGUGUCAUCUUGACGAAAAGGCAAAGAAGGCGCCCAUUUACUCUCUGCAUGUGCAUCCAGAUGGAACACGACUCGCCACCGGUGCUCAAGACGCAAAAGUAAAGAUAUGGAACCUGGCACCGAUCAUUGACGCAGAGGAGGAUCAGGAUCCAGAUGCACGGCGACACCUCUGCACCAUGUCGCUCCACAACGGUGCGGUACUAUGCGUAAAGUGGUCUAACGGAGAGGGAAAAUACUUGGCAACCGGAUCUGACGACAUGAUUGUAAUGAUCUGGCAACUGGAUAGGUCAUCUGAAUCAUGGGGAGGAUCUUCGUUCGGCAACUCGGACGGUCCGAAUGUAGAGAACUGGCGCGGAGUAAAACGUCUCUCAGGACACGAAUCAGAUGUUACAGACGUGGCCUGGUCACCAGAAAACACAUACUUAGCUUCCGCUGGACUGGAUUCGAAGAUCAUAAUUUGGGAUGGCAGGACCUUUGAUCGCGUCAUUACACUGGAUCAACACCAAGGAUUUGUGAAAGGACUUACAUGGGAUCCUGUCGGAAAAUAUAUGGCGUCCCAGUCAGACGACAAGUCUGUCAGGAUUUGGAGAAUCACGGACUGGGAGGUAGAAGUGGAAGUCACUGAGCCGUUUCUCACAUCCUCAGGGACGACGUUUUUCAGGAGACUAAGCUGGUCCCCCGAUGGUGGUCAUAUUGCUACAGCUAACGCAUUCAACGGAUCAAUACCAGUGGCAUCUGUAAUCACGAGAGACAACUGGAAGGCAGAUAUCUCGUUGGUGGGCCAUGGUGCGCCAGUGGAGGUUGUCGCGUUUAAUCCCUUACUAUUCAAGUACACCGACAGUGCUGGAAACGCUGGAUUCACAUCUAUAUGUGCUGUUGGGAGUCAGGACCGGGGACUAACUGUCUGGAGGACGCACGAGCCCAGGCCUUUUGUAGGAAUCAAGGAGCUUUUCGAGCACAGUUUCCUGGAUCUCAGCUGGACACCGGACGGUCAAUCGCUUUUCGCAUGUUCAUAUGACGGUACUGUCGCUGUACUUCUCUUCCAAUCAGAAAAUUUGGGAGAGGCUGUCCCGGCUGAAGAACGACAUCGACUGUUGGCCAAGUACGGAUAUGAGAGGCGCGGAGAAAUCAUGGCAGAGACUCCGAUCCAGCUUGCGAUGGAGGAGCAGCUAAAGGAGAGUUCCGCAAAAUCGAGAAUGGAUGAACUGAUGCAGCAUGAUUCGUCCAUGGAAGGUGUCACAUCCACGUUCGCCAAACCGUCAGAUCCAAGCGUCUUCGCCAAUACAACCACUAGAUCUUCGUCCACUGCUACACCGGCUCCACUACCUGCGCGGCCGCAGACGCAUAUCGUGGCUAGUGAGCAGACAGUCACUAUGACGAGCGACGGAAAGAAGCGGAUUAAACCACUCUUCCUAGGAAACGGCAUGGGCAGUGUACCAGUGACACCUUUCGCUCAACCUGCGGCGUAUGCUGUAGGAGGACAAGGUGGAGCAGCAAGAAGGACCAGCUCCGUUGAACGGGGUAAUCCCUCAAUGGCUAUCCCGGAUGGUGGAUUCCCCACUGUCAUUAUCGGGACCAAACGCAAAGACGCACCAACAAACGGAACAGCCGUGGCAGGAGGACCCGCCAAAAAGGGUCCAGAUGCUGCCACAAAGGGCAAGGGAGCACCACUGAAAACUGAAGAAGAGACCAUGUCCAGGACGGCCAUUGCGUCGCCACUGCUCGCAGUGUCAAAAGUGAGGCUAGGCGUGCCUCGAGUCCGAUCGCAUAUUACUAGGAACAGGGUCGGGAUGGAGUGCCAUAACAGCUUAACUGGAGACCAGCCAUCCAAGGUCAUCAACAGUCAAAAGGGAGCUGUGGUGUGGGUCGACUAUUUGCCCUCACCGGUACUACUCAUGACGGGGAAUUCGCACUUUAGUGCUGUUGCUUGUGAAGAUGGAGGGCUCUAUGUAUAUUCACUCGCCGGAAGGAGGUUAAUGCCGUGUAUAUUGCUAGACUCGGCUGCAACAUUAAUGGAGUGCGAUAAUGAGUAUCUCAUGGUUCUUACCUCAUGUGGACUUGUCAGCUCGUGGAAUGUCAUCCAGCAAACUGCAAUCUUGUCUUCUAUAUCAAUUUCACCCAUUCUUCAGCCAUCAACUCAUACGAGUGAUAUUGCUUCAAGCUCAGUCUCUAUCACCUCGGCUGCUGUCCGCCAGAAUGGGUUACCUGUUCUCACAACCUCAGCUGGCCAAGGAUACACCUAUCACGAAGGAAUGAAGGUCUGGGUCAAGGUCAUUGACCCAUGGUUUGCCAUAUCAUCCUUCUUUGGCACAGAUCCCAUGCUGGGCGGCCGCGAUUCCUUUGGAGAUAUUGCUCCUUCCGUACCACUAAAGAAGGGCGUACUAUCGCAUCUUCAAGCUGCUGCAACUGGUGGACGAUUGGAAAAGGACGUUGCCUUCGCUCAGGAGCUUCUGAAUGUCGAGGAAUCCGUGCAGAGUGUGGUGACACUCACCCAUCUGGAGAAUCAAAUGGCUGCGGCGCAAGUUCUUGGUUCACCUUCAGAGUACAAACAAUGGUUGCGGUGCUACGUCCAGAGACUCUCCGACGAGAGCUCUGUGGCAAGAGUCGAGGAGCUCUGCAAGUACUUGCUGGGACCAAUGUAUCAAGGAGGAGAGAAGUCGGGCUGGCAGCCAACGAUACUCGGAUUCCAGAAGCGAGAACUGCUGAAGGAGCUGCUCCCUGUCCUGAGCUCGAAUCGGGCGCUGCAACGAGUUGUCAAGGAGUAUCUGUCGGGAUUGGAGAAGGUGACCAAAGUGAGUGCGAGUGCGAGUCCAACUUCAACCAAGUCUUGAGGGACCCACAUCGCAUACAAUUGGACCACAUUCACUGUGCCACCAGGGACAAUCAAUAAAGUUUCUUGACUGUUCAGGU